GUCACCGGGAUUCAUACGACUCGACUUCACCUCCUCCCCGACGAGCAUCAGUGCGCGCGAUCAUCAUCGAAACCUCACCUCUAUUCGAAUACUCCUCGAUAUCGCCAGCAUGCUCUUCACCACCUCCUUCGCGGCCGGCGUCACUCUCUUCGCCGCCGCCGCCAGCGCCAGCGCUUCUUCCGACUUUUCUUCUCCUUCCCCACCACACGCUUUCGCCAAACGACAGGCUGGCUCUGUCGACAUCACCACCGGCGCAACUGGCGGCGUCCAACCCCGUCUCGAGAUUGGCAACCUGGCCACUCGUCCCGAUGAGUGGUCUCUCUACAUUCAGGCCAUGAGCAAGUGGCAGCAGGCCGGCGCGGAUGACAUGGAUGGAUACUACGGCGUGUCCUCCAUCCAUGGUGUUCCUUACGAGGAUGCCAACGGUGUCAGCAAGUGCGAUACCUGCAGCAACGCCAUGGGUUUCGGUACUCACGACAUGAUCAUCUUUCCCACCUGGCACAGAGUCUACCUCGCCCAUUUCGAGCAAAAGUUCCUCGCCAUUGCGCAGACCGUCGCCCAAUCAUACCCGGCCGCAUCUCGUGAUCGCAUGGUCGCUGCUGCCGGUGUCCUUCGUCUGCCAUUCUGGGACUGGGCUUCCACAUCAGAGUCCAACUCGACCACCCUUCCCACAUACAUCACCGAGUCGCAAAUCACCAUCGAGGGGCCCAACGGCCAGGAGACGAUUGACAACCCGCUCUACAAGUUCAGCUUCACCUCGCAGGAGGUUUCGAGCAACUAUUACGAGGUCUUCACCACGUGGCUUCAAACCUACCGCUACCCGAGCACCAACGGUAACUCUGCCGAAUCCAACAACGACCAAGCGGCUGCCAACAUGGCCGCUCAGAGUGCCUCCCUCCGCGACCAGGUCUACCAGUUGUUGACUGCUUGUGAUGAUUGGAUGCACUUUUCCAACGACCAGGCUGGUGCCACUGCCAAGUGCGCCAACUCGAUCGAGAGCAUUCACAACAACGUCCACACUCUUGCCGGUGGUGCCGGCGCGAACGGCGUUUCUGGUGGUCACUUGACUUAUCUCCCAUUGUCCACCUACGAUCCGAUUUUCUGGCUCCAUCACGCCAAUGUCGACCGCAUCAUUGCACUCUGGCAGACCAUUCACGCCGACAAGUGGGGCGCUUCGCAGAAGGCUCCUCACUCCACCUGGACCAUCCCAACCGGUGCUCAGCUGAACAUGGAUUACCCGCUCAAACCCUUCAACAAGGACGCCAACAGCUACUGGACUUCCAACGACGCCAAGGACUGGACCAACUUGGGAUACGAUUAUCCUGAAUUCACCACCUCUGAUGGCUCCAAGAACAGCAUUACCAAAUUUGUCAAUGCUCUGUAUGGACGCUCUCCCGGCACCCAAGCAGCAUCUGGCAUCAAGCCACCCGGCUACCCAACUUCCUCCGGCUUCUUCCCGUUGAUCUCCUCUCUCGUUGGCGGUGUCGACAAUCUGAUGGAAUCUUUCUUGGACAGCAGCGGUGCGGCGUACGAGUAUGCCUGCAACAUCCAAACCCCUCGCUACGCUCUCAACGGUUCGUACUACGUCUUUGUCUUCAACGGCGCGCCAUCUUCGGACAACCCUUCCACCUGGGUUACCGAUGACAACCUCGCCGGUAUGAUGGGUGUGCUCGCCAACCCUGAAGGCAUGGCUGGUAACGACCUCAUCGUCACUGGAUCCAUCCCUCUCACUCGCACCCUUCGCUCCAAGGUCACCAUCGGCAACCUCCUCAACAUGGCUUUUGACAUCAUCCUCCCAUACCUCACUAAGAACGUCGAGUGGCGCAUUGUCAAGGACGGUCAGGAGGUCGACGUCGACUCUGUCGAGGGCUUCAAGGCUUCCGUCUACUCUUCCCUCACAUCGCAGUCCAACGACAUCGGAAGCCUCCCUACUUGGUCCGACUUUACUCCUCAGCUUGAUGUCACCAAGGACAAGAAGGGUGGUGCCAACGAGGCCAUCUUUGGAAGUGUCGAGCAGAACCAGGCUGGAAACUCAGUCUCUGUUCCUGGCUAUGGUAGCUCUCCUUCCGGUGGUGAUUCUUCGGACAGUGGAUCGUCUUCGGGAGGUGGCUCGUCUGACAGUGGCUCCUCGUCCGGCGGCGUCUCUUCUGACAGCGGAUCUUCCUCUUCUGCUCCCAGCUAUGACAGUGGCAACUCUGGCAGCUCAACCGCCAACGCAAAUGCUCCAGCUUACGCAACCAAGGCUCACGGCUCCGCGCCAGCCUACGGUACUGACAUUGUGCCUGGCACUGCUACCCCGUCUCCCAUGGGCGCUCCUUCUGGCCCAGCCACCGCUCCUGCUGAGGUCGCUCCCACCGGCUCUGCUCCCACUGAGCAGGCUUGCGUCGCCAUCACGACCACUACCACUGUGCAGGAGACCGAGACCAUCUACGUCACUGCCUCUUCUACCC